AUGUGUCCGGGCUACGAUGCGAUGGUGUCCGAUGAUAGGACCGGUGACUUUACCAUCGCCAUAACAUCUAUGCAAGUUUUGCCACACAUGCAGAGUACUACCGCGACUGACAAUAAGCCGUCACACGAUGUGCUGAUAUUCCUGUUUGCCUGCAUCGUGUGCACGUUUGCACGUCCGGAACCGGAACCACCACGUGCACGGAUUGUUGUACCGGCAAAACAGCAACAAUUACCACAGUACGAAUAUGGAGCUCCAAAACCGGAAUAUGGUCCACCCGCCGAAGAGUAUGGACCACCACCGCCCACGGUCUACGGUCCACCUGCCCGUGAAUAUGGUCCACCACCGAAAUUGAUCACCAAGAACGUUUACGUCCACGUGCCACCAGAGGAACCUACCGAAAUCAUAAAGAGUCCCGUGCUUGAGGCUCCGAUUCCCAAGAAGCAUUACAAAAUCAUCUUCAUCAAGGCGCCAGCUCCACCGGCACCGAUCAAGCAGGUGAUUCCACCACAGCCACAGGACGAACACAAGACACUGGUGUACGUGCUGGUCAAGAAGCCAGAGGACCCGGCACCAUUGGAAAUUCCCGUACCGGAAACUACCGAGCCCAACAAACCCGAGGUGUACUUCAUCAAGUACAAGGAGGGCGAAAAGGAACCACACAAGCAGUACGGACCACCAGCUCCUGCCUAUGGACCACCUUCCGGUCCAGCUCGGUAUCAACAGUUCUAGUAUCCAAAAAAUGAUAGCCAAUAGCCGAGUGCUCAGGGAAAC